ACGAGUCCUGAGACUCAACGAGGCUCUCUCUCUCUCUUACUUUUCAUUUUUUUAAAAUCAGCUUUGCAAAAGGUGCUAUACACAGUCCGGAUAGCCACCGAUAAUGUCCGGUAAGUGGACGAUUUAUAGCGAACAAAAUAACAGUCCCUCGUAUAUAAUAAAUAAACACGAAACGUCCAUCUGCGUGUGUUUAUAAGCCGAGUGGCCGCUAGCGCGCAUGCGCGGCAGGCUGGGAGGCGGUUUUCGGUAGUGACGAGUGUGGGUUUGUGGGUGAAGGCAGAGAGAGAGAGAGAAUCACUCUCAUCCAGGCUCUCCUCCACAGAUCUCCUAUUCUCAUCACUGCUCGCAGUGCUCCUCAUAGCUGAUCCAUCGCAACUCGUAGCCACGACGGUGACCUCAUCCACUGCUCACUCAUCUCACCGUCUCCGCCUGCUCCUCGCCAUCAUCAAAGCUCACUCGUCCGGAGUCAUCUCUCAUCCCAGGGCUCUGCGCGGCCUCUCUCACCACCGUUUCUCGUCACGCCGCAGCCUCGCCACCAUCUCUCGCUUCCAUCCCAUCACAUCACCCAUCCCCAUCAUCACCAUCAUCUCUCAUCGCAGUUUGCUCACACCCCACGCUGCUCAUCGCCAGCAUCACAACCCAAGGGCACGCACGCACGCAGGAGCAGCGACACGCCAGCGGGCUAAUCUGUGCGCUCGGCAGUGGCUGUGUGUGUGUGAGAGAGAGAGAGAGGGAGAGAGUCGGGGAAGAGCCAGAAGAGAAAUAGACCCAGGAGAGAGACAGCGAGCGAGCGAGAGAGGGAGCGGGGACGAGAGGGAGACUGGCGGUAUAUGGGCGUCGCCCGCAUUCAGCACCGCGGACAGCUCUCGCCAUGGCUGAUUCGGUCACCAUAAGUCGCACGUCUGCUGACGUGUCUCCCAUCGUGGUGGGAAUCCUGGGCGCGACGGCGCUGGUGGUGGCGGCGGCCGUCACCGCGCUGUCGUGGGCCUGCUGCCGGCGUCGUGGCGGGGACGGCUCCAAGCCGGCGGCGAGCCCGCCCUACCGCCUCGUCCACAUGCUCAAGGGCGUCACCGACAUCUACGGCGCUGGCGAGAAGCGCCACCCGAUGCGCGGCAAGCGCGGCUCCGAGCAGCAGCAGCAGCCGCCGCAACAGCAACAGCAGCAGCAGCAAGCGGGCAGCGACCGGCACGGCAAAGGCGGUGCCGCCGCCGCCGCCACGCUCAAUAACAACAACAACAACGUGGUGGUGGUGCGGUUCGGCAGCGAGAGGCUGGCGCCCGCGACGGCGCUGUGCAGUCCCGACCGGGCCGGCGGCGGUUCCGGCGGCGGCGGCCUCGGCUUCGGCUCCGGCCCGGUGCGCACGCCGCCCAUCAUCGAGCCGUUCCGCCACGUCAGGAACGGCGGCGGCGCGUUCCCCGACAAGUGCAGCCCCUCGUCGUCGGCGGCGGCGGCGGUGCCGGCGUCGUCCUCCUCCUCGUCGUCCCUGUCGUCGUCAGCGGCGACGAAGGCCGGCUCCCCGCACACCCCGCCGUACCUCUCGUCGCUCUCCUCCUCCUCAUCCUCCUCGUCCUCCUCCUCGGCGGCGGCGGCGGCGGCGGGGGGCUCGGCGCCGCCGGAGGACCAGCCGCUGGGCGCGCUCUGCUUCUCGGUCGAGUACAACUUCGCCAGGAAGGCGCUCGUGGUGACGAUCCAGGGCGCGCGCGGCCUGCCCGCCAUGGACGGCCAGACGGGCAGCUCGGACCCCUACGUCAAGAUGACCAUCCUGCCCGAGAAGAAGCACAAGGUGAAGACGCGGGUGCUGCGGCGCACGCUCGACCCCUCCUUCGACGAGACGUUCACCUUCUACGGCGUCCCGCACGCGCAGCUCCAGGGCCUCGUGCUGCACUUCCUCGUGCUCAGCUUCGACCGCUUCUCCCGCGACGACGCCAUCGGCGAGGUGAUGGCGCCACUCGCCGGCGUUGAGCUCGGCGGGGACAAGGUGACGCUGACGCGCGACAUCGUCAAGAGGAACAUACAGAAGUCCGUGGGCCGCGGGGAGCUGCUGCUGUCCCUCUGCUACCAGCCGUCCACCAGCCGCCUCACCGUGGUCGUGCUCAAGGCCAGACACCUUCCCAAGACGGACAUCGCCGCUCUCUCUGACCCCUACGUGAAGGUGAACGUGCACGUGGGCAACAAGCGCGUGGCCAAGAAGCGCACGCACGUCAAGCGCUGCACCCUCAACCCCGUCUACAACGAGUCGUUUGCCUUCGACGCGCCCGGCGAGUGGCUCUCCGAGCUCUCGGUCGAGUGCCUCGUCGUCAACUCCGACCGGGUCACCAAGAGCGAGGUCAUCGGGCGGCUCGUGCUGGGCCACGGCGGCGCCGCAGCCGCCGCCGCCGCCGGCGUCUCGGCAGCUGCCGAGCACUGGCGUGAGAUCUUCGAGAACCCGCGGCGCCAGGUCGCCAAGUGGCAUUGCCUCGGUGAGUUUUAAGGCGCCGGGCGGGCGCGGAGGCGCAGGCGACGCGAGAGGAUCGAUCUGUCCGAGGAGGAGGCGGUGGUGGUGGUGGUGGAGGGGUGCGCUUUAAGUUGGCGACGUUUGUUAACAAUGUUUUGUUUUGGUUGCGUCCUGCACCCCUCCCCCCCACUCCUCCUCUCCUCCUCUCGUCCGUGCCGCGGCGUUGAUUUGGCGUCGUGCAAAUUGUUCGGUUUUGCCCCAACGGUUUCGCGGAGAGGGAGGGAGGGAGUCGCUCUCUGUUUGAGCUUCCCUCGGUUUUUUUUACUUUUCUUCUGUUUGUUGAUUUAGCAAAUAA